CUUUUAUUUUGAAGGAAGACGCAAAACACACGUACGUGUGACGUUGACUGCUUACCCGAAAGUGUUUUUUUUUUAGCUCAGGAAGAAACGUAUUUGAGCAAAUUUGCUGUCUGUUUAAUCAUCUAUGAGCGAUAUUAUGGCGCGAAACAGCAAAGACUCUCUUCUACCUCCAGCCUCCUUACAGCUGCUUGUCCCUCCUGUAAGACUCAUGUCAGCCUUUAUGUGGAAAGUGGUGCUGCAGGAUGAUGGGGUGAAACAGUAUAACCAUCUGCUGGACCUCAUCAGUUUGACAACAGAGAUUGUCCCGGAGGUCCUCGGUCCCAGCCAGAAGGCUCAGCUCAUCCUGGGCCUGAGAGCUAAGUGUGCUAUAUAAAUAAAGCUGCCUCGCCUUGCCUAUACGCUGCCCCAGCUGGUUCUGGAGCUGUGUCGUGGUGAUGGUGUUGCAAACCUGAAGACCAUUCAAGACCACCUGGAUAAAAUCCAUGUCUGCUGUGUUGAACUAAGCAACAGUGGUCAAAUGGAUAGUUCUGAUAUUCUGAAGACAUCUUAUAGCAACUUUGCCAACCUGGUGCAGAGCAUUUUAAAUGUCCCCUCGGAAAAGGAGUUCUUCUUCAAACAAGUUUUUCCUGAGAACUACGGUUCUGCCUUUAACCAAAGGAUCCAGCAGCUUGUAUCGCUGUUUCUAUCCAGAAUGGAGGAGCUGCUGCCCAUACCAAACCUGCAGCAGACAGCUCUUUGGCUCUCCGAAUCAUUUGGUUCUGAAGAGUUUGCACAUUACCUGACGGAACCAUUUCCCCUUAAGACUCUGCUGCUUCAUCACAGAGCGUUGGGGACUCUCAGUUCAGCUUGUUCAAGUAAUGAAGAGGACGUCAUUCUUUCCACGCUGGCCAUCUCGAAUCAAACUGAACACCUUAUUCAGGUCGAUGCUAAUAAAUAUGACAGCGAGGUCGAGAUCCUUGCGCUGGAAGAUUUGGAAGAAGACUUAAGCUAUGGCACGGAUAACUCAGAUGAUUGGAUGCAAAAAAACAAAUCAGAUUCCCUGUCUCCCUUAGAUCAGGUGAGCAAGAGUCCAAGCAAACGGCGUGAACAGAAGACUGUUCAAGAGCACAAGUGUGAGCGUCACAAGACGGCUCCUAGUCGGAAAAAUAAAUCUGUGAAAAAAAUAAUAACCAAGACUUUGCGAAAAAGCCCAGCCUCGAACACUAAAGAUAAGAAUCGAGAUGUUGAAACAAAGAGUCGGAGGAGAGGCAAACAGAAGGAAAGUGUUGUAAAAAAGAAUGACCAGGAGAGGAAGGACAGCUCGAAAAAGAAAAAUCAAAAAAAGCCAACAGGGGAGGAUAAAAGGUUUCUGAGCACACGACCUGUGAUCAAAAACUUCACAGAGGAGGACAUUAAAUGUGCCACCUGUGAAAAGGUCUUUGAACACCCUAAUCAGCUGAGGAACCACACGAAGCUGCACAGCUUCCAAUUUAUUUGCAUCCAGUGUGAGAAGGGGUACCAGAGCCAGUCAAGGCUUUAUCAUCAUCAGAGGCUUCACAAUAAAAGCCGGAAAGUGACGUGUAAACAAUGCAACAAAGGAUUCUCGUGCAGCAAAUCUCUCGAGCAGCAUGAAUGUCUGCAAGAUGGUCCCACCAACAUCUGCAGCAUCUGUGAUAAAAACUUUAGCAAAAGCGGCUUUCUAAGACACAUGCAGAUGCACAGAGGGGAGAGGAAUUUCCUCUGCACCACCUGCGGAAAGACGUUUUUGUCCUCGGGGGAGCUGGUGCUGCACAAUCGGACCCACACAGGUGAGCUGCCGUACACCUGCGUGCACUGCGGGAAAGGUUUCUCCUGCAAAAGUCACCAAAUCGUCCACAUGCGUUCCCACACCGGAGAGCGCCCGUACCUUUGCUCCGAGUGCCCGAAACGUUUCCUCACCCUGAACUGUCUCAAGAGACACACACUCAGCCACAACGGCGUGAAACCCUUUAAGUGUGCGAAGUGUGAGAGAGAAUUCUCCCAGCAGGGGAAUUUGAAAAGACACAUGGUGGUUCAUAAAAAUGACACAUGAUGUGUCCAUCAUCAGGAAAACCUCAUCUGGUCACAGAUGUUGACUUUUAUUUUAGUAAAAAAAUUUUUUAAUGGAAAAAGUGUUUUCAAAAGUUUGGACAUGUUCUCUAUGUAAAGUGGAUUUACUGGUUGUUCUAGUUUUGUCUUGUCAGUAGAAUAAAUUCUCUAUUUUCUUCUUA